CGUGGCUCCUCUUGCUUCUCACUGGUGAGCCCAGCUCCGGAGCUCUCAGUUCCUGAUCUCUUGCUGACGUGGGCAGAGGUGCUUUGGCAGCCUUGCAUCCAUCACCCGGCAGGUGUCCUUGAGUGACGGUAGCAGGAGUGGAAGAGGAGGAGAAAAGAAAAUUGAUUAAGAAAGGUCUGUGAGUUUUGGACUUUCCCACACCGGGGUCAGAAUGCUGCUGCUCUGCCCUGCCCUCGCUCUAGCUGUGGUCCAGACCUUUAUCUUCUCAGAAAGCCGGGCGUUUGCCAAGAACAUCAACUUCUAUAACGUGCGGCCCCCUCUUGACCCUACCCCAUUUCCAAACAGCUUCAAGUGUUUUACCUGUGAAAAUGCAGGGGACAAUUACGACUGUAAUCGAUGGGCAGAGGACAAGUGGUGCCCGCAGAAUACCCAGUACUGUUUGACAGUACAUCACUUUAACAGUCAUGGACAGAGUACAUCCAUCACCAAAAAGUGUGCCUCCAGAAGUGAAUGCCAUCUCGUGGGCUGCCACCACAGCCGAGACUCUGAGCACACGGAGUGUCGGUCUUGCUGCGAAGGGAUGAUCUGCAACGUGGAAUUACCCACCAACCACACCAACGCCGUCUUCGCCGUGAUGCACGCCCAGAGGACGUCUGGUGGCGGCGCCCCGGUGCUCUACCUCCCAGCGCUGGCCUGGGUCUUCGUGCUGCCACUGAUAUGAUGCCGCUGUCCCUGGGCGAGGCAGAGACCAGCCCUCUGGGGCACAAGCUAACAACUGUGUAAACAGUGAACUUUCGACUGAAGACCAAUCUUGCAUUUGGCGCACUGGACCCCGAAGCAGAAGCCAGUUGUUUGCUUAGCUGAGUGCUCCUGCGCGAGGUCACUGAGGAAGGGGACUUGGCAGGGACUGAGGGGAUUACGUGGCCUUUAGGCCGUCUUGAUCAAAGGGGCUGCAUUUUGUCACUUCUGCAAGGAGGAUUCUGCUGGUGUCUUCUGCUGUCCCCACCCGACUGGGCCUUUAGCUGGAAGGACUCCUUGACCUCAUCGACUCUGUCAGGGGCUGCUGGGUCAGACCCUCUCAUUAUUUGAUUAGCUCAGAGCAUCUCCAUGAAAUCUAACCCUUCCCCUGAUGGAAAGCCAUUUCCUCGCCAAAGGUGUAGGUGAUGAGAAAGGCAACCAUAGAAAGAAAACUUCCAGUUGAACUACUUUGAAGCCCACUUGCUAAUUGUGGGGGAAAAUAAAGGUUUUAAAUUAUACAAUG